GCGCGGCUUCAUUAGCGCCCGGGCGGCGGGCCGCCAGCCAGCAACUUGCCGGCAGCCGGCGAGAUUUACGACCCCACCCCCGCCCCGGCUCUCGGCCCUUGCAAUGUCAGGCAGCGGCGCGGCGGCAUAAAAUGGAUCCCGGCCGGCGCGGCGGCGGAGGCAGCGGCAGGCAGGCGGCGGGCCCCCGCGUGGCGGGGCCGAGGCUCCCGGGGCCCGGCGCUGCAGCCCGGCGCACACGCGCGCGCUGACCACGGACGGCGCGGCGGGCCACGCGGAGCCGCCCCCUCUCCCUGCUGCCCUCGCGCAACUGUCAGGCGAAACGGACCGGCGCAUAUUGGCUCGGCGACACGCCGAGGCUCCUCCCCGAGCCUGGAUCUUUAUAUUUUGGGAGAAUUUUCUUUGAACUCAGUUAACCACGUUCGGUGAGGGAGACAAGUUCCCACCGCAGGCUUCCAGGGCGGACGGAGUCCGGCCGGGGGCGCAGGGGGCUCGCCGGCAUCCUGCAGUGGCGCACCCCGCCUGCACCCCCUUCGGUUUCCCGGUGUGAGGAGGAGGAGGGCGGACCGGCUGAGCUGAGGACUACGCCGCCGGUCGUCCGGCUGUGACUGCAGUCGGAGGACGCGUGCCUGGAGGAGGCACGAGAGGAAGAUGAAACGCAGUGGGAGAGAAUAAGAAGCAGCAACCUACACCCUUCUCCGCAGAUUGCGCCUGCGACUUCUGGGGGGCUCCGGUGGCUUUUAUACCCCCUCCCUCUCCACCGCUAGGAAAUCUUGACUUGCGGGCCAAGCACAGCCCCCACCCCGCGCAACUGGGGACGCAGCUGGGUCGCGUGAGACCCCUUGGAUGUAGCCAGUAGUGGUGAAAGGGAGCCGGAGACACUCUCCUCUGGAAAAGCAACCAUGAAUUCCGUAGCUGGAAAUAAAGAGAGGCUUGCGGUCUCCACCAGGGGCAAGAAAUACGCGGUCAGUGAAGUCUGCUCGCCCACCAAACCGGCGGCGCCCUUCUCCCCCGAGAGCUGGUACCGGAAAGCCUACGAGGAGUCGCGCGCCGGCAGCCGACCCACCCCCGAGGGCGCGGGCUCGGCGCUCGGCUCUUCCGGGACCCCAUCCCCUGGGUCGGGCACCUCGUCCCCGAGCUCCUUCACGGGCUCCCCGGGUCCCGCCUCCCCGGGCAUCGGCACCAGCUCGCCAGGCUCCCUAGGCGGCUCGCCGGGCUUCGGCACGGGCUCCCCGGGCUCGGGCAGCGGCGGCGGCUCCUCCCCCGGCUCGGACCGCGGCGUCUGGUGCGAGAACUGCAACGCCCGCCUGGUGGAGCUGAAGAGGCAGGCCCUGAAGCUGCUCCUCCCGGGGCCCUUCCCCGGCAAGGACCCUGCUUUCUCGGCUGUGAUCCAUGAGAAGCUUCAGGUCCCCAACACCAUCCGGAAGGCAUGGAAUGACCGUGACAACCGAUGUGACAUUUGUGCCACACACCUGAACCAGCUGAAGCAGGAAGCCAUACAGAUGGUGCUAAGCUUGGAGCAGGCAGCUGGUAGUGAGCACUACGAUGCCUCACCGGGCUCCCCGCCUCCACUCUCCAACAUCCCCACUCUGGUGGGGUCCCGGCAUGUGGCGGGGCUCCAGCAGCCCAGGGAUUGGGCCUUUGUGCCUGCAUCCUAUGCCACCUCCAACUACACAGGUUUUGCCAACAAGCAUAGCAGCAAACCCAACAGCCUUGGGGUCGGCAAUGGGGCAGAAAAGAGCGGAUCCCCAACGCACCAGGCCAAGGUUAGCCUCCAGAUGGCCACCAGUCCCAGCAAUGGGAAUAUCCUCAACUCCGUGGCCAUCCAGGGCCACCAGUUCCUGGAUGGCACCUGGUCCCUGUCGAGAACCAAUGGGGUGACCCUGUACCCCUACCAGAUUUCCCAGCUGAUGACAGAGACUGGGCGGGAAGGCCUGACCGAAGCAGCGCUGAACCGCUAUAACGCAGACAAGCCGGCGGCCUGCAGCUCGCCCGCAGCCCAGGGCUCCUGCACAACCAGCGACACUCCCACGGGCCCCUCGGUGGCUGCGUCCUUCUUUGCACGAGCUGCCCAGAAGUUAAAUCUGUCUUCCAAAAAGAAGAAGCAUCGCCCGUCUGCCUCAGCACUGUCCCAGCCACCCCUCUUCGCCACCAGCUUCAGUGGGAUUCUGCAGACCGCCCCACCGCCCGCCCCGCCCUGUCUGCUGCGGGCCGUGACCAAGGUGAAGGACACCCCAGGCCUUGGCAAGGUGAAAGUCAUGCUCCGCAUUUGUUCCACCUUGGCUCGGGACACCUCUGAAUCCAGCUCUUUCCUCAAGGUGGACCCACGGAAGAAGCAGAUCACCCUGUACGACCCCGUGACUUGCGGAGGCCAGAAUGCCUUCCCAAAGAGAGGCAGCCAGGUUCCUCCAAAGAUGUUUGCCUUUGAUGCUGUCUUCCCCCAGGAUGCUUCUCAGGCUGAAGUGUGUGCUGGGACAGUGGCGGAGGUGAUCCAGUCUGUGGUUAACGGGGCCGACGGCUGCGUGUUCUGUUUUGGCCAUGCCAAACUGGGAAAAUCAUAUACCAUGAUUGGGAAGGACGACUCCAUGCAGAACCUCGGCAUCAUCCCCUGCGCCAUCUCCUGGCUCUUCAAGCUGAUCAAUGAACGGAAGGAGAAGACCGGAGCCCGCUUCUCCGUCCGGAUCUCAGCCGUGGAGGUGUGGGGGAAAGACGAGAACCUCCGGGACCUGCUGUCCGAGGUGGCCACGGGCAGCCUGCAGGACGGCCAGUCCCCGGGCGUGUACCUUUGCGAGGACCCCAUCUGCGGCACACAGCUGCAAAACCAGAGCGAGCUGCGGGCCCCUACUGCCGAGAAAGCCGCCUUCUUCCUGGACGCCGCCAUUGCCUCCCGGCGCAGCAGCCAGCAGGACUGCGAGGAGGAUGACCACCGGAAUUCGCACAUGCUCUUCACGCUGCACAUCUACCAGUACCGGAUGGAGAAGAGCGGCAAAGGCGGAAUGUCUGGAGGCCGCAGCCGCCUGCAUCUCAUUGACCUCGGCAGCUGUGUCAAGGCCCUGAGCAAGAACCGGGAAGGAGGCUCAGGGCUGUGUCUCUCCCUGUCGGCCCUGGGCAACGUUAUCCUGGCUCUCGUCAACGGCAGCAAGCAUAUCCCAUACAAGGAGAGCAAGCUCACGAUGCUGCUGCGAGAGUCCCUGGGGAACAUGAACUGUCGCACCACCAUGAUUGCACACAUCUCAGCCGCCGCUGGCAACUACGCCGAGACCCUGUCCACCAUCCAGAUCGCCUCGAGGGUCCUGAGGAUGAAGAAGAAGAAGACGAAGUACACAUCCAGUUCCUCUGGGGGAGAGAGCUCCUGCGAAGAAGGCCGAAUGCGCAGGCCCACCCAGUUGCGGCCCUUCCACGCCAGGGCGGCUGUGGACACUGACUUUCCCCUGGCUCACCUGUCCAGCGAUCCCGACUACUCAUCCAGCAGCGAGCAGUCCUGCGACACGGUCAUUUAUAUUGGGCCCAACGGCACGGCCCUCUCGGACAAGGAGCUCACGGACAAUGAGGGCCCCCCAGACUUUGUCCCCAUCGUGCCAGCCCUGCAGAAGACUCGGGGUGACAGCCGGCCAGGGGAGGCAGCAGAGGCCGGCGCCUGCAAACCAGAUCGGGACUGCUUAAAGUGCAACACGUUCGCCGAGCUGCAGGAGCGGCUGGACUGCAUUGAUGGCAGCGAGGAGCCCAGCAAGUUCCCUUUUGAGGAGCUGCCUGUCCAGUUCGGGGCAGAGCUGCCAGUGAGCAGGGCCCCCACCUUGAGCCAUGUGGCUGGGGCAAGCCCCCUCUCCGAGUCUGAUCAGGAAGAGAACGACGAUGGUGGCUUGGAUGGCCAGCCGGCUGAAGGAGUAGGCCCGCGGCUUUCGACCUCUCCCCUGCAGAGGAACCAUUCACCUGUGCCGGCCCCAGCUUCGCCCAGGAGUGUUCCGGGCAGCAGUAGCAGCAGCGGUGGCCAGAAUGGCGCUUCCCAGCUCGUGCAGAGCCUCAGCCUCCAGAGCAGCCGGGAGAGCCUCAACUCCUGUGGCUUUGUGGAAGGCAAGCCCAGGCCCAUGGGCUCCCCACGGCUGGGCGUGGCUAGCCUGUCCAAGACAUCCGAGUACAAGCCGCCCAGCUCGCCAUCCCAAAGGUGCAAGGUGUACACGCAGAAGGGGGUCCUGCCCACCCCGGCGCCCCCGCCGCCUCCCCUGAGCAAGGAUUCCGGUGUGGCCUCCAGCGAGUCCCUGCUGCAGCCGGAAGUGCGGACUCCUCCGGUGGGCAUGAGCCCGCAGGUGCUCAAGAAAUCCAUGUCUGCCGGGAGUGCGGGGUUCCUGGACGCCGCCGGGGAGGAGGAGCCCCAUGCGGCCACCCCGCUGGAAGCCAAGAAGGAGAUCUUGAGCACUACCACAGUGACGGUGCAGCAGCCGCUGGAGCUGAACGGGGAGGACGAGCUGGUGUUCACGCUGGUGGAGGAGCUGACCAUCAGCGGCGUCCUGGACAGCGGCCGCCCCACCAGCAUCGUCAGCUUCAACAGUGACUGCUCCGUGCAGGCCCUGGCCUCGGGCUCCCGGCCUGUCAGCAUCAUCAGCAGCAUUAGCGAGGACCUGGAGUGCUACUCGAACGUGGCGCCCGUCUCUGAAGUCAGCAUCACGCAGUUCCUGCCCCUGCCCAAGCUGGGCCUGGACGAGAAUGCCCGGGAGGCUGGCAGCCGACGCUCAUCCAUCAGCUCCUGGCUGAGCGAGAUGAGCACGGGCAGUGAUGGGGAGCAGUCCUGCCACAGUUUUAUCGCCCAGACGUGUUUUGGUCACGGGGAAGCCAUGGCGGACCCUCCAGCCUCCGAGCUUGGCGGAGGAAUCCCAAACGCCGCUGUGGUGUGCAGAGAGAAGCCGGCGGCCAGCGGCGACAACAACCUGCUCAUCUUGUCGGAAGUCGGUGGGGAGGACUCCUUCUCCAAAGCCGCGCCCGUCAAGGGCUGCAAGAUAUCCACCCUAGGCAAGGCCAUGGUUACCAUCUCCAACACGGCUAACCUGAGUGGCUGCGAAGGAUACAUCCCUAUGAAGACCAACAUCACAGUGUACCCCUGCAUUGCCAUGAGCCCCCGGAGCCUGCCAGAGCCCGAGGAGGGCACCACCACCACCACCACCACCGCCGCCGCCCCCAAAGCAGCUUCCAGAGCGGCAGCCCAGGCACGGGAGAGUAAGGACACUGGUGCCAAGAGAGAGAUGACUUUUGAGGACCCCUGGCUCAAGCGAGAAGAGGAGGCCAAAAAAGAGAGCACCUUUCCCAGUGAGGAAGGGGUGAGGCCGCAGAGAGCCAUGGGCCCCGCAGGGGUGGAGGCCAGGUCAGAGCCCGAGCAGGACAGGAAGCCCAGUCCCAGUGGAGGGAGCGAGGCCUCGGCCUCCCCAGGGCAGGACAGCUGCAGGAGGGUGGUGGACGGCUGUGAAGGGGUUAUGGGAGCCCCAAGUCCCGGGCAGCCCAGCAGGAGUCUUAAGUCGAGCAGCCUCCCCAGAGCGUUCCAGAAAGCCAGCAGGCAAGAGGAGCUGGACGGCUUUUUCUACCACUGUGGUGGCGGCACCGACAGGAAAGUGGCAUCCCCCAAGCACUGUGUCCUGGCGCGGCCUAAAGGGACGCCCCCUCUGCCUCCUGUGCGCAAGUCCAGCUUGGACCAGAAGAACCGGGCCAGCCCCCAACACAGCGCCAGCAGCAGCAGUACCAGCAGCCCCUUGAACCAGCCUGCCGCCUUCCUGGCCAGCUUCCCUGAUGAGGCUGGCAGCAAGACCAAGGAGGCCGCCAGCAGCAGCAGCAAGCUCUUCAGUGCCAAGCUGGAGCAGCUGGCCAGCAGGACCAACUCCCUGGGCAGGACCACAGUCAGCCACUACGAGUGUCUCUCACUGGAGAGGGCUGAGAGCCUGUCCUCCAUGAGCUCACGGAUGAACACCGCCAAGGACAGCACCAUGCCCCGUGCCGGCAGGAGCCCUGGCCGGAAUGCUGGCGCUGCCACGGCAGGAGCCUCGCCGCCCACCAGUAGCCUGCCUCAGUCAGCGGGGGCUUCGCCCAAGGCCAGCCAGUCCAAGAUCUCCGCGGUGAGCAAGCUGCUGCUGGCCAGCCCCAAGGCGCGCAGCCUGUCCACCUCCACCACCAAAACUCUUAGCUUCUCCACCAAGUCCCUGCCGCAGUCGGUGGGCCAGAGCUCCAGCUUGCCCCCCAGUGGGAAGCACAUGUCCUGGUCCACGCAGUCCCUGAGCCGCAGCCGAGGCUCAGGGCUGGCUUCAAAACUGCCACUGCGAGCAGUCAACGGGCGCAUUUCAGAGCUGCUGCAGGGGAGCACAGGCGCCCGCGGCUUGCGCACGGGGCCGGAGGCAGAGGAGCGUGGUGGUGGCGGUGGGACUCCCGCAGAGGACAGGCCAGGGACAGUGGCCGCAGUGCACCUGCUGCCCUCGCCCUACAGCAAGAUCACACCACCCCGCAAGCCGCACCGCUGCAGCAGCGGCCACGGCAGCGACAACAGCAGCGUGCUGAGUGGGGAGCUCCCACCGGCUAUGGGGAAGACGGCCUUGUUUUAUCACAGUGGAGGUAGCAGCGGCUAUGAGAGCAUGAUGAGGGACAGCGAGGCCACGGGCAGCGCCUCCUCCACCCAGGACUCCAUGAGCGAGAACAGCAGCUCCGUGGGUGGGAGGAGCCGGAGCCUCAAGACCCCGAAGAAACGCUCCAAUUCAGGUGCUCAACGGCGGAGGCUCAUCCCAGCCCUGUCCCUGGACACCACCUCACCUGUGAGAAAGCCUGCCGGCAGCACUGGAAUCCGUUGGGUGGAUGGCCCCUUGCGGAACACCCAGAGGGGUCUUGGGGAACCCUUUGAGAUCAAAGUCUAUGAAAUCGAUGACGUGGAGCGGCUGCAGCGACGACGAGGGGGCGCCAGCAAGGAGGUUGUGUGCUUCAAUGCCAAGCUGAAAAUCCUGGAGCACCGCCAGCAGAGGAUCGCUGAGGUCCGAGCCAAGUACGAGUGGCUGAUGAAGGAGCUGGAGACCACCAAGCAAUACCUCAUGCUGGAUCCCAACAAGUGGCUCAGUGAAUUCGACCUGGAGCAGGUGUUGGAGCUGGAUUCCCUGGAGUACCUGGAGGCACUCGAGUGCGUGACGGAGCGCCUGGAGAGCCGCGUCAACUUCUGCAAGGCCCAUCUCAUGAUGAUCACCUGCUUUGACAUUACCUCCAGGCGCCGGUAAAGAGAGCCUGGUGCUGCCUGGAACUCAUGGGACGGCACCCUCCCCCGGCACUGAUGGCGCUCAGAGACCAUGGAAUGAGAAUGAAGGUCGGUGGCAAGUGUGGAGUGAGUGGCGUGGAAAGGCGAAGUUUCUUUCGUUUCCUGUAGGAAAGCUGCAAACACUAAACACGCAGAGAAGGAGAGGAUGACGGGAAGCCCAAGGGACGUGGAAGCCCCCACCCCCCCAAGACUGAACAAGCACUUUGUGGAACUCCAGAGAACCUGUCUGUACAUAAGAACUGCUAGCAAAAAAAGGAGCUCACUUGUCUUGCUUCUGGGAGGAAAGGGGAGGGUGGUAGGAUUGCUGUGGAAAGCGGGAAGAAAAACAACAAAAAAAGAAACCAGACUCCCCAGAAUGAUUGAUUAAGUGCCUUGCAAAUCUUUAUGAUUAUCCAAACAUUUAUGUUCAUACUUUUCUCAUGUACAGAUGGUGCUAGUCAAGAUGAAAACAACAAAACAAACAAAAA